AUACAUUCUCUCUGAGCUGGCACUCAAGCACUAUGGGACCUUGGCUGGCUUCUGGGGAGCAAGAGAUCCAUUUCUGAAUACUGGAUUUCUGACUCCUGGGAAGCAUGGUUGAUGCUCCGAAGGAGGGAAGACUGACCCGGUUUCUGGACUUCACUCAGCUGACGGACAUGGCAUCUGAGUCCGUAGGAGGAAAAAUUUUAUUUGCAACAGAUGACUUUUUUGCUCCCGCAGAAAACCUCAUAAAGAGUGACAGCCCGUGCUUUAAAGAGCGUGAAUAUACUGAGUUUGGGAAAUGGAUGGAUGGCUGGGAGACCAGGAGGAAAAGGAUUCCAGGUCACGACUGGUGUGUCCUCAGGUUGGGGAUCCAAGGAGUCAUCCGGGCCUUCGACGUGGACGUUUCUUAUUUCACGGGAGAUUAUGCUCCUCGAAUGUCAAUUCAAGCAGCAAACUUGGAAGAAGAAAAACUACCGGAAAUCCCAGAAAGAGGAAUCAGGACAGGAGCCGCAGCCACUCCCGAGGAGUUUGAAGCCAUUGCUGAGCUAAAAUCUGAUGACUGGAGUUACUUGGUUCCUAUGACAGAGCUUAAGCCAGGAAACCCUGCUUCCGGCCACAACUAUUUUCUUGUCAAUUCCCAGCAGAGAUGGACUCAUAUCAGACUCAACAUUUUCCCAGAUGGUGGAAUUGCACGACUUAGAGUAUUAGGUACUGGACAAAAAGACUGGACUGCAACUGACCCCAAAGAACAUGCAGACCUAGUGGCCAUCGCUUUUGGGGGUGUCUGUGUAGGAUUUAGUAGUGCUAAGUUUGGGCACCCAAACAAUAUAAUAGGAGUCGGUGGGGCAAAGUCUAUGGCGGAUGGUUGGGAAACGGCAAGAAGGCUGGACCGGCCACCGAUAUUAGAAAAUGAUGAUAAUGGCAUUCUCUUGGUUCCGGGUUGUGAAUGGGCAGUUUUCCGAUUGGCACAUCCUGGAGUAAUAACUCUAAUCGAAAUUGACACAAAAUAUUUUAAAGGCAAUGCUCCUGACAGCUGUAAAGUGGAUGGGUGCGUCCUGACCACUCAGGAAGAAGACGACAUGAUCAAGCAAAAGUGGAUUCUCCCGGCCCACAAGUGGAAACCACUGCUUCCAGUAACCAAGCUGUCUCCCAACCAAAGUCACCUGUUCGAUAGCCUGACCCUGGAGCUCCAAGAUGUCAUCACUCACGCCAGGCUCACCAUCGUCCCCGACGGGGGAGUGAGCCGCCUUCGGCUCCGGGGCUUCCCCAGCUCCAUCUGCCUCCUGAGGCCCCGGGAGAAGCCCAUGAUGAAGUUCUCAGUGGGCUUCAAAGCAAACCCUUAACACACACAAAGUCCGGGUGUCAGACACACAGCAGGAAUUUCCCAGUCAUAGUCUUCUUUUCAAGUGUUUUGAACACCUGGUGAUUUAAUAAAGUGGUCAUCUCACAAA